CUAAUUAUGAGAUAGUUUGGAUUCCAAUUAUCCCGGAGCCUUAUCAUGGAGAUGAUCCCAAGAGAUAUGAGUAUUUGCGUUCUACAAUGAAGUGGUACUCAAUCCAGUUUACUACAAGAAUAUCUGGCAUGAGAUACAUCAAGGAGAAGUGGCAAUUUAGAGAAGAUCCAUUAGUUGUGGUACUCAACCCAAAUUCUAAAGUAGAAUUCAUGAAUGCAAUUCAUCUAAUUCGAGUUUGGGAAAAUGAAGCUAUCCCAUUUACACAAGCAAGAACUGAAUCUUUACUCAAAAAACAUUGGCCCGAGUCAACUCUCCACAAAUUCACUCACCAACCAAGGCUACCAAAUUUGAUUAAGAGUCAGAAAAGUAUUAUAUUUUAUGGAGGAAGGAAUCCAUCAUGGAUCCAACAAUUUGAAGAAAAAGUAGAAAUUUUGAAAAACGAUCCUUUGAUAAUCGAUGGGGGUUCAUUUGAGAUCGUACGCAUUGGAAAAGAUGCAAUAGGAGAGGAUGAUCCUAAACUCAUGGCUCGUUUUUGGAAAGUACAAUGGGGUUAUUUUAUAGUGAAGAGCCAGAUAAAAGGUUUAAGUGCAAGCGAGACAAGUGAAGAUAUUUUAAGAUUGGUUUCUUACGAAAAUGAAGAUGGUUGGGCAGUUGUUACGAUAGGCUCAGCCCCUUUGUUAGUUGGUAAUGACAUUUUGAUUUUGAGAUUGUUUGAUGAUUUCCCAAAUUGGAAACAAAAUUUGCACUUCAAGGCUUUCCCCAAUGCUUUUAGAGACUCCUUCAAUGAGCUAGCGUUGAAGACUCAUGAAUGUGAUCGAGUUAUUUUUCCUGAAUUUAGUGGAUGGAUUCCUAUGAUUGUCAACUGUCCAGGAUGUCCUCGUUUCAUGCAGAAGGACAUUGCUUUUAAAUGUUGUCAUGGUGGCUCUCGUAUGUGAUCAUCCAAAGUGAGUAUUAUAUAUCUUUUUAUUAUCAUAUAUUACUACUACUAACACUAUUACGUACUAUAAGUGAUACCAUUUUUGGUGGUCAUCAAGUUCUAUGCUUAUCCGUUGAAAUCGAGACAUAUGAUCUUGUCGUUAUCAUCGAUUGAAUAUUUGUAUGAUUUAUGUUAUUUCGAUAAAAUUAUGAAAUACUUUAUCUUAUUA